AUGAGGCAGGUGCUGCAGGUGGUGGCUUUUUUCAUCUCUCUGGUUUCGGCCUGCUUCCUUAUUGUGGCCACGUGGACAGACUGUUGGAUGGUGAACGCAGAUGAUAGUUUGGAGGUGAGCCAGAAGUGCCGAGGACUCUGGUGGGAAUGUGUCACAAGUACAGUCGAUGGGAUUCGAACAUGCGAUGACUAUGAUUCAAUUCUGUCCGACCUUCCCUUCAAGUUGGUGAUGACACGGGCUCUGAUGAUCACUGCGGACAUCUUGGCUGGAUUCGCCUUCAUCAUCCUUAUCCUCGGGCUGGACUGCACCAAAUUCCUCAAGGAUAAUCCCGCCAUUAAACUGAAGAUAUGUGUUAUGGCAGGAAUUACCUUGCUGCUAGGAGGAAUUCCUGGGAUGGUUGGCUCGGUUUUGUAUGCUGUUGAUGUGUAUGUGGAGCGAACUACAUUGGUCAUUCAGAACAUCUUCCUGGGCAUCCAGUAUCAGUGGGGCUGGUCUUGCUGGCUGGGCAUGGCUGGAUCAAUGGGCUGCUUCCUCUCAGGGUCUAUCCUUGCCUGCUGCCUCUACCCUUUUAAAGAUACAGGUUCCAGGAGGAAUCAUUUCAUCUAUCAACCUGGCAGGAGUGCCAUUGGAAAGAUGUAUGCCAUUGAUUCACGGGUGUAG